CCCAGGGAUGAGCGCGUCAUGGCGCGGCGCCUGAGGCUGCCACCGGGAAGGCCAAGGCCGAGGCGUCCCAGAGAGCCGGUGUUGGCAAGGCUCCUUCUGAGCAAAGUCAUCUGCUCUGUCCUUCCCACCCCCUCCGUGUCCAGGGAGUCUUGUGCUCAGAUCUAUUGGAACAGCGCUUCUUCCAGAAGCUGAUGGUGGAGGUGGCUACAGCUCUUGGAAGCCUGGCUUCAGGCUUAGGAAACAGACAGAGCACCCGAGGUCCAAGCAGGGCCACACGAGAUCACCCAGUGUGCUAGAGCAGGCACCACCCAGGGCCUCAGACCAGCAUCUCCUGCGAGGACCACAGGGACAGUAGCCGAGGAGCACAGGGCUCCCGUGCCCGCCCGGAGCCCCACUGUCUCGGAUGGGGAGCUGAGGCCCUGAGCUUAGUGGCUCAGUCACUGCCUGGGGCCAUGGAAGGGGCUGUGAUUGGGGUGGUGGUGGUGCUGUUCGUGGUGACCCUGGUCAUCACCUGCAUCCUGUGCUGCUUCAGCUGUGACCCCAAGACCCAGGAUCCUCAGGGGGGCCCUGGCCCCAGCUUCACAGUGGCCACGUUUCGCCAGGAGGCAUCUCUCUUCAUGGGGCCGGGUUGCCAUGUCCAGCUGGCGGCAACGGCCCGGGACUUCUGGACCUUCAUGUGAGGCCCGAUGGUCCCCUGGGGUCCCCCACUGGCGGGUCGGAACUGCCCACCCCUAGGAAGCCAUCUCUGAGUCCGGCAUCCCUGCCCUUCUGCUCCUGUGUCCAGAGAACUCCCCAGAGCUUCCCAGCUGGCUCUGCCCUCCAGCCGGGGGUAUCCACGGCGGUGGGAGCAGGAGGGGUCAGCACUGACCACCGAGAGCUCAGCUGGGACCUGCCCACGGGGUCGGGCUUAGGAAGGGCCCAAAGAGGACACAAACAGGCACAGUGUCGGGCCAGCUCUGCUGUUCUGUGUAGGGCACCGAGAAAUCACUGGAAUUUGCUGUGAACGGGGAGCUGGUGACCCAGGUUACCACAGGAUGCCUACAGAACUGUUUCAUCCCCACCAGAGGAAGCAGUGCCCUCAAGUGGACAUUUUCAGAAAACACUUCUUAUCUGUUGCUUAAUUGAGUUUUUUUGCUGCGUGUGAGUGCAGAUUGCACAGAACCCAGCUGCCAGUCACACGAAAUCAGCCUUGAAAUUCUGAAACCAAAGUCCGCCCCCAUGUAGAACUGUUUCCUGGGAACAAGUGAUUUAUUCUGUAAUUGAACAUGUAUUCCCUUUUAUGGGCCUCCCAAGAAGCUGUCUGGUUUGGGAAACCACAAAAGGAAACAGAAGAGAAAACAAGAGUCACAGAAAGCAGAUGUUUUAGUAACAGGAAAGUGAGAAAGAAGACUUUUAAACAUAUUUUGAAUAAGACUUUAUUACUGUAUCUUAAUAUUCUUAGAGAAUGUGAUGGCAUCACUUAUGAAAAAUCAUGAACUAAAAAAUCAUGAACCGAAAGACAAUUCUAAAUAAAUUAAAAUGUUAUGUUACAUUCAGAGCAUGUAACAAAGCUCUUGUUUUCAUCACAAAUAAAGAGGUGUUCAGUUUUUUUUUA